GUCAAUAAUUGCUGUGGGAGCGACUCGGAGACCUUGAGGAAGUAAAAUCAACACAGGAAGCGUAUUUGACAGUCGCAAAAUUAUUUUUUUAUAAUUAACUCACAAUUAUAGAAGGUUGACAGCUGCUGCGAGGAAACAGCAAAAAUAAUGCAAAGAAUCUGUCAAUUUGUGCUGAAAUCCGAAAGAUAUGUUCAAGCCAGUGUCACCCAAACAUCCGCACGUCGCACAAAAUUCUCGCUGAAACAAGUCCCCGCAUCGCCCGUCGCCGCCGCCUCCCUCGACAAAAAACAAGUAUUAACGAAAUCGUCGCCGUUGUUUCACUCGUCAGCUGAUCUAACAACGACGGCAUCGAAGCCAGCGUUAACAACAAACUCGAACAACUUUUGCGAAAAAUCAUCAAAAAAUUCGUCAGAUCUGCCGGUGCCCGACCCGUUCGACACACUUUUUGAUGCGCUCGAAACGCGUCGCGUCAAAAAAUCCCAAAAAAAGCCAAAACGUCACUUUAGCACGCCCAACUUGAACCUCGACAUGGAUACCGAACGUGAUUUCAAGCGAUUGGAGGCAAAACUCUCGAAUUUGCGGCAAUGGGAACACACGCCAGCCCACGAACAGUACCUCAAGUCGCAACAAGGAGUCCCCUUUACACUUUGCUCGUACAAUAUUUUGGCGCAAAAUCUGCUCGAAGCACAUCCUUAUCUUUAUCAGAAUCACGAUUCGCGAGCUUUGCCAUGGAAUCAACGGAAUGAGCGCUUAAUUCAGGAAAUUUUGACGAUAAAUCCGCAGAUUUUGUGUUUGCAGGAGAUGCAAGAGUCGCAUUUGGCGAUGUUUGAGCAGCAACUGAGCAGUUUGGAUCUCAGUGUGUUGUACAAGAAACGAACCGGCUUCAAAGAUGACGGAUGUGCCAUUUUUUACAACCAUAAAUUGUUUAAUUUGAUUGAGUAUCACACAAUUGAGUAUUAUCAACCAAAUUGUCAGCUCUUGAAUCGCGAAAAUGUCGCUCUCGUAGCCAAACUGUCGCCAAAAAGUGAUCCAAACUGCACAUUUGUCGUCGCCACAACUCAUUUGCUGUACAAUCCGCGACGACAAGACGUUCGUUUAGCGCAAGUUCAAGUCCUUCUUGCUGAACUGGAUCGCAUCGCCUUCUCACAAGAUUCCAAAUACGUGCCUGUCAUCCUCACGGGAGACUUUAACUUGCAACCGUACUCGGCGCCCUACAAACUUCUGACACGCGGGCAACUUCGUUACGACCAACUCAUGUCGCGCACGCUCGAGAAGCCCCGAAACAACGAGCAACAUUACGAUUGCACGGGAAAACAGCUGCUUCCGAAAAAUCUGGGAAUCACAGACGAUUGUCAGCAUCUUCAUGUCGUCACGACAAAUGAACGCAAUUACACGAAGCUUCAUCACACGGAGAAGAUUUUCUCGGUUGACGACAUGGAUUCCAAUGCCGUGGUUGACCUCACGCAAGAUGUUCCCUUCAGCACGGGCGAGUUGCGACACAAAUUCAACUUCAACUCCGUGUACGAACACAAACUGGGGCAAGCGGAUCAAGAAGCGUCGACGUUCCAGGACCAAUGGAUCACCGUCGACUACAUUUUCUACUCGAACGAGACGAGCAAUCGGCAGGACGAGACACUCAAAUUGCUCGGCAGAUACAAAUUGCCAUCCGUCGAUCGAUGCGCCGACAUGGGAAUGGUCCCGAAUCUGUAUUUUGGCUCGGAUCAUCUGUCGUUGGCCGCCAAAUUCUUAAUCAAAGGCGACGACAAGGCAAAGCUGUGAGAAACUAGUUAAGCUCUAUUUAAGUAAGUUGUAAGAAAAUCGCGCGCGAAUCGGUGAACAGAGUCAAAUUAAUGUCAUUGUUUUUGUUUUUCAUGCAAUAAAUAUUAAUAAUAUGAUUUGAAAAGAAAGAAAACUAACAAAAAAGCAAUUUGUGUAUGUUAUAUUUGUCCGUGAUCGAGUUCAAAUGCCUAUUUUUAGAGAACAAGGUUAGAAGACAGAACCACUGAGUGUUCACGUGUGACGCGAUUUUAUCGUCGCGCUUUUG